CCGGCUCCGGCUCCGGCUCCGCAGCUCGCGUCCUCCCGCCCGCCGGCCCGCCGGCGCCGGGCCAUGGCGCUGCUGCGGGACGUGUCGCUGCAGGAUCCGCGGGACCGCUUCGAGCUGCUGCAGCGCGUGGGGUCCGGGACCUACGGCGACGUCUACAAGGCCCGCGACGCCGUCACGUCCGAACUGGCCGCGGUCAAGAUAGUCAAGCUCGACCCAGGGGACGACAUCAGCUCCCUCCAGCAGGAAAUCACUAUCCUGCGUGAGUGCCACCACCCCAACGUGGUGGCCUACAUUGGCAGCUAUCUCAGGAACGACCGCUUGUGGAUCUGCAUGGAGUUCUGCGGAGGGGGGUCCCUGCAGGAGAUUUACCAUGCCACUGGGCCCCUGGAGGAACGGCAGAUUGCCUACGUCUGUCGAGAGGCACUGAAGGGGCUGCACCACUUGCAUUCUCAAGGGAAGAUCCACAGGGAUAUCAAGGGCGCCAACCUUCUCCUCACCCUCCAGGGAGAUGUCAAGCUGGCUGACUUUGGGGUAUCAGGCGAGCUGACGGCAUCUGUGGCUAAGAGGAGGUCUUUCAUUGGGACUCCAUACUGGAUGGCCCCGGAGGUGGCCGCUGUGGAGCGCAAAGGUGGCUACAAUGAGCUGUGUGACGUCUGGGCCCUGGGCAUCACAGCCAUUGAGCUGGGCGAGCUGCAGCCCCCUCUAUUCCACCUGCACCCCAUGAGGGCCUUGAUGCUCAUGUCCAAGAGCAGCUUCCAGCCGCCCAAGCUGAGGGACAAGACUCGCUGGACUCAGAAUUUCCACCACUUCCUCAAGCUGGCCUUGACCAAGAACCCCAAGAAGAGGCCAACAGCAGAGAAGCUUCUACAGCACCCAUUCACAACGCAACAGCUCCCUCGGGCUCUCCUCACACAGCUGUUGGACAAGGCCAAUGACCCCCACCUGGGCGCCCUCUCCCCAGAGGACUGUGAUCUGGAGACUUAUGACAUGUUUCCAGACACCAUUCACUCCCGGGGUCAGCACGGCCAGGCGGAGAGGACCCCCUCAGAGAUCCAGUUUCACCAGGUGAAGUUUGGCGCCCCACGCAGGAAGGAAACGGACCCGCUACCUGAGCCGUGGGAAGAGGAGUGGACCCUGCUGGGAAAGGAGGAGCUGAGUGGGAGCCUGCUGCAGUCCGUCCAGGAGGCCCUGGAGGAAAGGAGCCUGACCAUCCGCCCAGCCUUGGAACUCCAGGAGCUGGACUCUCCAGACGAUGCCAUAGGAACCAUCAAGCGGGCCCCGUUGGGGCCAGCCCCACAUGAGCCUCCAGCUGAGGACCCUCUGUCCAGCCCCCCAGGAACCCCACCCCGACCUCUCCCCGGCUCUGACAGCCCCCCGCCUCUCCCCACCGCCUGGGCCACCCUGAAGCACCGGGAGGACCCUGAGAGAUCAUCCUGCCACGGGCUGCCCCCGACCCCCAAGGUGCACAUGGGCGCCUGCUUCUCCAAGGUCUUCAAUGGCUGCCCCCUGCGGAUCCAUGCUGCUGUCACCUGGAUUCACCCUGGCACCCGGGAUCAGUUCCUGGUGGUGGGGGCCGAGGAAGGUAUCUACACCCUCAACCUGCACGAACUGCACGAGGACACGCUGGAGAAGCUCAUCUCACACCGCUGCGCCUGGCUCUACUGUGUGAAUAAUGUGCUGCUGUCACUCUCAGGGAAAUCCACGCACAUCUGGUCCCAUGACCUCCCGGGCCUAUUUGAGCAGCGGCGACUGCAGCAACAGGUUCCCCUCUCCAUCCCCACCAACCGCCUCACCCAGCGCAUCAUCCCCAGGCGCUUUGCCCUGUCCACCAAGAUUCCUGACACCAAAGGCUGCCUGCAGUGUCGUGUGGUGCGGAACCCCUACACGGGCAGCACCUUCCUGCUGGCCGCCCUGCCCGCCAGCCUGCUCCUGCUGCAGUGGUACGAGCCGCUACAGAAGUUCCUGCUGCUGAAGAACUUCUCCAGCCCCUUGCCCAGCCCAGCAGGGAUGCUGGAGCCGCUGGUCCUGGAUGGGAAGGAGCUACCGCAGGUGUGUGUGGGGGCCGAGGGCCCUGAGGGGCCUGGCUGCCGUGUCCUGUUCCAUGUCCUGCCCCUGGAGGCCGGCCUGACACCUGAUGUACUCAUACCACCUGAGGGGCUCCCAGGCUCAGCCCAGCAGGUGGUCCAGGUGGACAGGGACACAGUUCUAGUCUGCUUUGACCGCUGUGUGAGGAUUGUCAACCUGCUGGGCGAGCCUACGGCCACACUGGCUCCUGUGCUGACUUUUGACUUCCCCAUUGAGACUGUGGUGUGUCUGCAGGACAGCGUGCUGGCCUUCUGGAGCCACGGAAUGCAAGGCCGCAGCCUGGACACCAACGAGGUGACCCAAGAGAUCACAGAUGAGACGAGGGUCUUCCGAGUGCUUGGGGCCCACAGAGACAUCAUCCUUGAGAGCAUCCCCACCGACAACCCUGGGGCUCACAGCAACCUCUACAUCCUCACCGGCCAUCAGAGCAGUUACUGAGCGGCCCAGGCCUAGCCAGUGGCAUCCCCCUCCCCAUGCCUUAGCUGCAGUCCAUUUAGGCAGAGGGAGCCCAGGCCCCCAGCUCUGCUGGGUUGAAGGGCAGAAGUAAUCCUGAGAAGUUUGGGGGCUGCGGAGGGGAGGAGAGCCCCUCCCACACCCCUGCAAUAACUGGACCAGAGGAAGCUGCUGUCACCUCCCCCUCCCCUGCCCAGCAGCCCAGGUCCCAGUGCCCCAUGGCAGAGGCCCUGGGUAGGGUGGGGGCAGGCCCUGGACGAUCCAUUCCACGUUGUUCCACAUUUCCUUUCCAUCCUUCCUGCCAAGAGCCUGCCCCUGCGCCCUGUCUUGGGAACAUAAUAUUUAAGAGAGAGAACUAUAUUGGUAUUAAAGCUGGUUUCACUUUAUUCCACUGGUCCUUGUGGGUCGGGGACCUAAGCCCACGGCCUCACUUCCCUCCUCCUCCCCUCUCCCUCUAGCACAUCUUUCUGUGGCACCAGGUGCUGGGGGUGCCCCAUGGGAAGGGCAGGCCGCCAGUGUGUGGCGGCUCCCUCAUGGGGGUGCAGGCAUCAGUGAUGGGGAGGCCGGUGUUCCCAGAAGGCAUCUCGGGCACGGUCUUUCCGGGGCCCCUUGCUCAGGAUGAGCCUCAGUGUCGCAGUGUGACCGAGGAGUCAUGUAGCUGGGAGGCCUCUGAACAAGGCACUCUCCUCUGGAGCAGCCCUGCCCCGUGUGGGCUCACCAGGCAGCCAGGGGCCAGCCAAGGGCUGCUCCACCCAGCCCCGGGGAGGCCUAUGGAGCCAGCCUGCCAUGACCGGUAUUUCCUGCCCAGGCCUGGGGCUGCCUCCCUCCCUCCCACCUGUUGCCUAGGUACCGUGUGCUUGGUCAGGCCAGACCUACGGAAUGUGGGCACCAUCAUCAGGCUGGACUUGGUAAGAUUAGCCAGUGCCCACUAAACAAGUAUUCCCCGAGGGCCUUCUCGGUGCCAGGCCCUGGACUCACAGAGGGCCGCUCCCAAACUGUGGACCAGCCCCAAUGAGGGGCUGUCCUUGCUGCAGCCUGCACCUCGAGGGCACUUCCAUCCACCCAUGGCUGACCUCCUGCUUUGCACUGUCAUUCUCCCCCAUUUCCCUCUUAAGGGCUCCCUACCCUGGGAGCCUCCUGUUGCCCCAGGCUCUGACCAGAGCCUUUGGGCAAGUGAAGCCAAGAGGAAGGAUGCCAGCCGGCCUCGAAGGAGGGUGGUGCAAGGCAGGACCAGGACUGCAGCGGGUGGGAGGCCCUGGGUCUGGGGGAAGAGCUGGAGUUUGGCCUAACGAUGUCCCUUCUGAUAUUGAAGGCAAUGUUUAAAUUACUUCUCUGCACCGGGUGGGCUGUUGGGAAAUAUUUGAUGAGUGGUGGGUAGAUGGCAGCUUAUGUGAAAAGCCCACAGCAGCCCAGUCCCUAGGGCCCUUGGCAGGGGCCCCAGGCAAUCCCAUGGCUGUCAUAUUGUCCCCCUGUCCACACUCCAGCGGAGCCCAGCUGCUCUGACUCCUAGUGACUGCGUUUCUCAGCUGAAAUGGGGGGUCAGACGGGAGACAGCCCUGUGCACUGGGCACACUUGCCUGUGUUCUCUGAGCCCUAAAGGAGGGGAGAGGACCUGAGUUCAAAGGUUAGGCUGCCCCUGCUUGGAGAGCAUCUCCUAGGCCACAUGAUGGGGUGAGAGGAUUAUGCUUCCUAACUUUCCGUUUCCUCGCUUUCUUGGUGGAGGUGGAGGGUUAGCUGGGGAGUGCCAGUGGUGGGAGGUGAGCCCCCACCCAGCAGCGGCUCCUGACCUCAGGAGCCUGGAGGACAGAUCUGCUCACAGCACCACGCUGCAGACAGUACCACCUGGUGGCAGGUUUCCCCAGUCCUGCGCUGCCACCCUUGUCUGAAAAGGGCGGGAGAUGGUUGGGGACUAUCAGAGUAUAAUGUGCCAAAGAGGGGGGUCUGGGAAAAGCUAGCACACUGAAAUACCUGCUGAUAGCAAAGGCUGGCCACAAGCCAAAGAAAGAUCAGGAAGCCAGGAAAUAUGCGCCGAAAGACUAAAAUUAUAUAUUUUUAAUAAGUAGCCUUGCUGCCUAUCUGUAUUUUUUAAAAAUACAAAGUAGAUGCUAUGGAAAGUCUCUCACCCAAAUCCCACUUGCUCUGAGCCCUCCUAGAAGUAUUUAUGCAUAUUUAAGAGUCAGCUGUGCUUCAUUCUCCCCCGUGAUUCACAGUGACACUGCGCACUGCUCGCAUCCUGCCCGGUAACAGCUGUCCUGGGGCACGCCCGUGUGACUAAAGGUCCGGUUCCCAGUCAGGGCAUUUCUUUCUUUCUCCCUCUACUUUCUUUCUAAAAAAUCAAUAAAGCCCUAACCGGUGUGGCUCAGUGGAUAGAGCACUGGCCUGCGGACUGAAGGGUCCCAGGUUCGAUUCCGGUCAAGGGCAUGUACCUUGGUUGCGGGCAUAUCUCCAGUAGAGGGUGUGCAGGAGGCAGCUGAUCGAUGUUUCUAAUUCUCUAUCCUUCUCCCUUCCUCUCUGUAAAAAAUCAAUAAAAAUACUUAAAAUAAAUAAAUAAAAAUGAAAUCUGUCCUGGAGAGCUUUCCGUGA